CAGCAUUACAAGUGCGCUUCUCAGUCACGUGCGCGCUAUUUGUCCGCGCGGUUCCGAGCGCGCGCCACAAGUUCCUCAGGGAGUCAUCGGAGCAGAGCAAGACUGUCUGUCCAUCUUCUAAUAGGCUUUUAUCUGCUGGAGAUGAUGGAUAUAAUCGGCCUGCUGAAGGAAGAGGACACACGAGGAUCGCGUUUUCUCUCCCAACUUUCCAAAAAAGAUUUUGAAUUUGUGUGGGGCGCCAUAUCGUUCUACAUUGAACGUCAGAUGACUUUACAGAAAGGGGUCCACUUGCCGGGACUAGGAACCUUCACGUUCUCUCAGCAGAACCUGGACAUUGGACACAAGUUCAUCAGAAACCAACAACCCAUCUUCAUCGUUGCUGGGAAACUGGCUGGAUGUCUUGGUUUAAAGCAGGAUGCUCCACUGGCUGCAGCAACACACCUGCCUGUGGUGCAGCUGAACUUUGCAGCCGUGUCCCAGGACUCUCCAUUCAGCCGUGAAGUUGUGGAGGGAUGCUUUAGAGAAACGCUGGAGCUGCUCUACGGAGCUUUGGCCUCUCAGAAACACGUGUCUCUUCCCUUCAAAGGAGUUGGAAUUCUGUCUUUUAAUAAUAACAAGGUCCAGAUGAAGUUCAACAGAGAUUUUCUUAAUGCUACGAGUAGAACUGUGAGGCUUCAGACUGGCUUGAACUUGAGAGCAGACAGCAAGGUUUCUUCAAUCCCUAACAAGCCACAGCUAAAAAACUCUGUCCUCCAGCUGAAUGUGUCACUUUCUCACAAAGGCAAAGCUAUUGGCAAAGACAGAGGCAGCUUAUCAGCAAAAACAGACCAGAGGAGGAAUGCAAAAGAGGUUGCCCAUCAGAAAGAGUCCAAAUCCCAUCAGACACUGCAGCCUGCCAAGCUGAAAGCUGUCACCAUGACUGAGGAACUGAACCCUAACCCCCUGAUGGAGGCCAUGAACAAACACAUUCCAACAGACCCAAUACAUCAGAAGCCUCUUAAUAUUGGGGAACAUCUUUUGAAGGUGCACCCUUCCAGUCACACCCAUGCUGGACAGGAGCUGUGCCACCUGUGCAUCCAGCGCGCCCAGAGAAAUACUCCUGUUUACCUGAGGGAGCAGCAGGAGGCGCAGGAGAGAGCGCAAGAAAAACUCCUACUGCUUCAUCGACACAGGAAAGAGGAGCAGGACAUGGUGCAGGAGGCGGCGAAGCUGGCUGAGCAACGCGAGCGUGCAAAGCAGACAGCCGCCCUGAACCUGAGAACGUCAGAGAAGAAGCAGAAGACGAGUCUUCCUGUCCUCCCCAGAGCAUUCCUCUUCCUGACUCGGCGGCUCACACCACCCAAGUGGAUUCAGCAGCAUCACUACAGGAGUGAUCUUCAGAGUCAGAUAGAGAGGAGACAGAAGCAGGAGGCUCUGGACCGGCAGAACAUCUUCCUCGCUGAGUGUCUCGCCCAGGUCCAGCUGACCCAAGAGACAGCUCUCCACAACGCUCAGCAGCACCAACAGAAACAGGAGAAAAUCAAGACUUACAAGGAGGCUCUGGAUGUUCAGGCAGGGAGAGCCCUCUCACGGUGGUCCUCUACUUUUGGCACUCUUCAGAUUGGGUUGUGUAAGAGUUCAGUGCAACAGCUGGGAAUGCUCAAUAACAAACCCAACCCAAGUUGAAAAAAAGAGUAAACAAGUCUGAAGAUUUUUGAUUCACAGGUUCCAAGUCAACAGUUAAAGACAAACCGGUUGAAUGCAGACAAAAUACUAUGAUCGAGCAGAUAAAACACUAUGAUCAUGUAGUACCUGUUUCAACAGGUACGACCCAAACACGAAUAAAUGAAGACACCAUAAAUCAUCUCUAAAAAUAGCAACGAGACAGAAGAAACACAUAUGUUUUAUUGUUUAUUAACAAAUAAAAUCCUGUUUAUAUAAGACCUGUGAGGAAAAUUACUAAAUGGAAACAAUUCAAAGCAGUCUCUAAGGAUUCUACAAAGGUUAGUGAUGCACUAACAUGCUUCUGUUUUUGAUUUUUAAUAAACAGUAAAAAUAUAUGUUUAUAUAUAUUCGUGAAUUUUGUAGGUCUUUAAGUAAAGAAACUAACAACUAAAAGAAACAAAUGUUUUAUACUAGAGUUGCAAUCCUGUUAUUUAUUAAUGCUGUCUGUGUCAAAAAUAGACUUUUCCUCAAAUAAUAUUAUUUGAAACUACUGAUACAGUGUUUACUAGUGGUGUAGCGAUUUAUCGAUGAAUCAAUUUAAUUAAUAAAUCGUAUCGAAUCGAACAAUAUCGUUAAAAAAUUGUUUAAAAAUUAAUAAAUUGAUAGACGAUUCGAUCUUGGAUAAAACCAUUGGAUUGAGGCAUAAAACAACCAAGGUCCAUAACAACAGACGACACACAAAAAAAGCCAUCAAAAAAUGAUUAACCAUCAUUACAGUCAAUGUGUGAAAACAUUUGAACUUUACAGUGUGGCAGAAUGUUCUAAUAAAGCUCCGUUGGUAAUAUUUUAUGUUUAAAAAGACAGUAAACUGAACUUCAUGGAACUAAGAUGUCAACGGAUUUGCCAUUAAUUCUUGUUUACUUGUUUGUUUGUGCACAUAUUUAGUUUACACUUGAUUAUCUUGCAAGAAAUACAAGGAAUCUAGAAAAGUUCUGUACUGUUCAGUUCCAGGUAUUUAUAUGUCUGAGUCAGUCAUAUAAAAGUUUUGGACAAAGAUGUUCUGGAUCGAUCUUAGAUUAGUAAAUCGGAUCAAAGUGAAUCGCUCAAAAUGAAUAAAAAUCAAAAACCAAAUCAGUAACCAAAAAUAUAAAAUCCAAUUGUUGUUAAAAUGAACUGUUACACCCCGAGUGUUUACCCAGCAUGACUUGCACUUCACCGCAGCCUCCAUUUACUAAAUCUUAGAAAAAUAAAAAAGGAAUAUCAAAUUUUUGAUUUUCCAAAUUAGCUUAUUUUACUAGUUAAACACUAUUUUAAAUAUUUUUUUCAAAACAGUAGAAAAAUAUGUGACUAAGCUGUUUUAGUCCAGUAUUUAUUUUCCAAAGACCAAAAAUAAAAUAUUUUUCUGUUAGUGAAAUGUUCUUUGUUUCACUUUUUACAACAACUUUAACAAACCACAAUCUUUUUUCGUCAUAAUUUGUAGAUAAAUCAAAUAGUCACAUGAGUUAUCUCAGUGUAUUUUUAAAAUCAAUAGUCAGAAACAAACAGGAGAACAAAGCUAUCACUUGUCCUGUCAGUAUAGGAUUUUUGUUUAAAUCUCAAAUUAAGUUCAUUUCCACAUAAGUUUAUAUUAUUCUGAGAACUCGUGAGGUUUGCUUUACAUCUGAAAUGUCCUUUUCGACUGUUUUGUAGGUGGAGAAAACAAAGUAUUUGGAAACACCAGAUUUCUUGCAGGAAAACUCAACAUUCAGGAACCGCUGUGAGACACCGUUGAUUAAUGCAGAGAACCGGGAGCGAGCACACGAGCUGUUUGAAACAAAUUUGAGCGCUGCCACUCUGAGGAAGAAUGAAGAACUGCAGAGGCGCCUGGUGCAGCUGGAGAAAGAAAGAAGGAUGCUCAGACACACUAAAAAGGAGCUGAUAAUGGACCACAUAAACCACUUUGAAAAGAAGAACAGCAUCAGCAAGUCACUGGAGGACGACUGGAGGCGUAAUAUGAAGCUCAAGCAUGAGAGGGAAGAGGAGGAAAGGCGUCAUCGCAGGUGUGCUGGUCAGCUCCUCGUAGAUAAGCUGGCAGAGUACAGACGCUGCUGUCAGUGUAAGAGGAAGACCAGCAACUGUGGACAAACCAACAUCUGGAAGGACUCUCAUUACCCUGCCGGCACACAGUUCAUGGUUUGAACAGUCAACACGAUACUGAGCUUCACUUGUAUGAAAUACGUUACAUAAUAUUUAUAUUUUUUGCUUUAAUUCCUCUUCCUUUUGUUUGUUGUUCUUUUGUUUUUAUCAAGUUGUAUCUAAAGCUAGUUAUUUCACCACUAUAGUCUGCUUAGCUUCAAUUCUUUGAACCAGAUACUUCAUAUUUCUGCAUGACAUGAUUAUAAUGUAUAAGUGCAUUAUUGUUUGUGUCUGUGUGGCUUUGGAUGAACUGACCUACUGUUGACAGACUGAUAAUGUUCUAAUAUUAAAUUAUUCAUCCUUCGUACCAACUUUAUCAUUACAUUUUUAAUGUGCACCAUCAAAAGUAUGUCAGUUCUCUGCUACUGCAAUCCUUUUAUUAAAUCUGAGUUCUUUUUUUUUUUGGUUAUUACACUACUGACUGUUUAGGAAAACUGACUCCUCCUCGUGUUCCAAACAGGAAGUACCCACUGGCGACGAGAAGCCAAAAUCCCAUCGACUUCUAUAAAAAAUAAACAGUUAUUACUCAGUCAUUCUAUUUGUCAGAG